AUGAAGAUGCCGAGAAGGUCGCUGGCCAGCCUCGUGCUGGGAGCCGGAUCUCUCGUAAACGCAGCUACAACGCGAAGCCAAGCGCGAAACGAUGGCCGCAUCCUCUUGGAUGCCGUCAAGGUUAUAACGCUCCACGACUCGAAGGACACCGCCGGGAGACGUUCUGCUCCUGUGCCACAGCUGGUCUGUCGAGGAGGAUGCCAAGAGUGGGCUCCGGAAGUCGUCCAGUGCUACAACAUGGGGAGCGACGGCACGGACGCGGCGUGGAAGUGCGAGGCCAACAUGCCAGACGGUUACAGCUUCUCCUCGGUCGAGGUGGGCUGUGAGGGCUAUGAUCACCCAAACGACCCCUACAUCCUCAAGGACUCGUGCCAGCUCAUCUACUCCCUCAGAGCUCCCCGCGGGAACGGCGGCGGCCGCGGCGGAGUAGGCGACGACGGAUGGGGGAGCUCCGCGCGCUCGUGGGAAGACGGCAACAAUCCCACCUGGGACGGGCGGCCGGCCGGGAGAAAGCGCGGGCGUGGGGAGGUGGGGACGGGGAGGGGCUUCGGAAGCCGUCUCAUGACGUGGGCCGUGCUAGGCGUGGUAGGCUACGUUUUGUACAACACGUUCCUGCGGGCCGCGGAGACCCCCUUUGGCAGUGGCCCAUCGCCGCCGCCACCAACGUCGGGUGGAGGCGGCGGAUGGGGCGGCGGCGGCGGCGGCGGCGGCGGCGGAGGCGGCGGCGGAGGCGGCGGCGGUGACAACUGGAGAGGGGGCGGUACGGACAGCAGCGCGGGCGGCCCCCCUUCAAAGGGGGCCGCUGCUGCCGGAACCGCGCCUGCCGCCUCUGCUCCCGCUCAAGGAGGGGGCGUGUUUCCAUGGCUGGCCGGUGGCGGAAUAGGAGCCGCUCUCGGAUACAUGCUCCGGCCCCGUCAUCGGAGGCAUGCUCCCGCAAGGGGUGGCAUGGCUUGGAAUCAAGGCUACGGGACCGGUACCUUUGGUGGAGGGGGGGGCGGCGGCGGCCGGGCGUACCGGAGGAGGGGGUCGGGCGGCGGUGGGGGCGGGGGCGGGGGCGGGGGCGGAGGAGGAAUGCAGGCCGGAUACGGAGGCACGUCACGCCGAUGAAAGGGGGGAUGAAUACCGCCUCUUCGAGCAAGCGCAACUCCGGUUCCACAACCCCCCUUUGUUUUGGACUGAGGCUUUGCUUCACUAGUUUGUUCUCCUGCGCUGCGGUCGCACAAGUAGGAGGUGCGAGUCCCAAACGCCUGCCCUGUAUUGACGAUCAGGUCUAGGUUACGUCUCCACCGUCCUUCCCGGUCUCGAUUGUUGUGAGUGUGUAACGUGGGGCAGGAAAAGUUGUAGAAAUAGUUGUUUUUGUGGAUAAUUGCGGGUGUAUCAUAUGCCAGCUGGUAGAGGAGACCGCGUUGUUGUGUUUUUUGUUGCGUGUGUUUCAGCCGUUGGUCCGAAAUCGACAACAAGAAAAAAGCUUACGCGAAGACCGAUCAGCCUUAAGCUCGUGGGCGCGUGUCGUUUCGUGAACGUGCGAAUGUGAACAGAUUCGCUUUUCCAUGCGCUCGGUCGGUGACAGCAGUAAUUGGUAACCUUGUGACAAGCUUCUGGCUGUUGAGCUGUGGGUUUCAAUAUCUCCGGAGUAAAAACAAUCGCAAGUUG